AUGCUGGGAUGUCUCCCCCGGUAUUCGAUGAGUCUUGUGGAAGUCAAGAUGGCAGAAGAUAGUAAUAUCAGAACAGAGAGUAAAACAGGCCUUAAAUGAAGUUGCAUAGAUCUGCGUGUGCAUUUGACAACAUCGUUUAAGACCAGUUGCAGGAGCUUCAUUUGUUUUGGCUGGAUUGCAUCCGAUCUGUGGCGGAAUUGCAAAUUCUAACACAAACACGCACAAACAACUGAGGGAUCAAGUCUCGUAUGAAUUCCGACGAGAAGGAGGACUGUGAGUGUGCGCCACCACAGGCCGAAUCCAACCCCACAGGAGGAUACGACAGGUCGGCUUGAGUUUUAAGCGACAGCGGCGGCAGGCGGGGGAAACGUGUAUGCUAUUUUAGCCAAGGUUGUCUUACCAGAGAAGGAGAGCCACCAUAACUCCGUGGAAAUUGUCAGGUUGGACUGGUGGAUCAUAGCGGUCUGAAUUACAAGCGGAGUCCAUCUUUGAAAACGCAGAAGCAAGCCGAAUGAAGCGAGCAGCCGCCAAGCAUCUCAUUGAACGUUACUACCACCAGUUAACGGAAGGCUCUUGCUACAUACUUGCCAAGAGUCAAAUUGGUUCACUUUAUUAAGUAAAAUGAAGCGAGCAGCCGCCAAGCAUCUCAUUGAACGUUACUACCACCAGUUAACGGAAGGCUGUGGAAACGAGUCAUGCAGCAAUGACUGCUGUGCCUCCAGCCCGAGCUUCCACCGCAUGGACAACAAUGCAGCGGCGGUCAAAGCUCUGGAGCUCUACAAGGUCAACGCCAAACUGUGCGACCCCCACCCUUCUAAGAAGGGCACCAGCUCUGCUUACCUGGAGAACAGCUCCUUCAACAGCGCUGGCCGCCACAACAUGGCGUGCGGUAACCGCAAGAUGAACCACAAGGAACUGCACCCAGUUCGAGAGGAUUUCAAAGACGUGAACUUCCUGACGGAGGAGAAGGUCUACGAGAUCCUGGAGAGCUGCGGCGAGAAAGAGGACUACUCUCCGCUGAUCCGCGUCAUCGGCCGCGUUUUCUCGAGCGCCGAGGGCCUGGUCCAGAGUUUCCGCCACUCCAAGCAGCACACCAAGGAGGAACUGAAGUCACUGCAGCCCAAAGACGAGGACAAGGACGAGGAUGAGAAGGAGGCAGCCACGGGGGGUGCCUGCUCAGUGUCCGCCAUGGAGGAAGGCGGCAGCACGGACCUGGAGGCGUCCUCGUCAUCGCGGUCAGGCGAAGGGGGGGACGGGCAGAAGGUGGGCCCAGACGAGGUGUCGGUGGACAUUGAAGCGGUCCGCCGCGUCUACGGCCGCCUCCUGUCCAACGAGAAGGUGGAGGCGGCCUUCCUGAACGCGCUGGUCUACCUGUCGCCCAACGUGGAGUGCGACCUCACCUACCACAACGUGUACUCGCGCGACCCCAACUACCUGAACCUCUUCGUCAUCGUGAUGGAGAACGGCAACCUGCACAGCCCCGAGUACCUGGAGAUCGCGCUGCCGCAGUUCUGCAAGGCCAUGAGCAAGCUGCCGCUCCCGGCACAGGCCAAGCUGGCGCGGCUGUGGGCGUGUUACCACGCCGACCAGAUCCGGCGCAUGAUGGAGACCUUCCAGCAGCUCAUCACCUACAAGGUCAUCAGCAACGAGUUCAACAGCCGCAACCUGGUCAACGACGACGACGCCGUGGUGGCCGCCACCAAGUGCUUGAAGAUUGUCUACUAUGCAAACGUGCUCGGCGGAGACGUGGACAGAGAGCACAAUGAGGAGGAGGACGAGGAGCCGUUGCCCGAGUCCAGCGAGCUGACGCUGCAGGAGCUGCUGGGCGAGGAGCGGCGCAACAAGAAGGGCCCGCGCGUGGACCCGCUGGAGACGGAGCUGGGCGCGCGCGUGUCCGACUGCCGCCGGCCGCUCAUCCCCUUCGAGGAGUUCAUCAACGAGCCGCUCAACGACGUGCUGGAGAUGGACAAGGACUACACCUUCUUCAAGGUGGAGACCGAGAACAAGUUCUCCUUCAUGACGUGUCCGUUCAUCCUCAACGCCGUCACCAAGAACCUGGGGCUGUACUACGACAACCGCAUCCGCAUGUACAGCGAGCGGCGCAUCACCGUGCUCUACAGCCUGGUGCAGGGCCAGCAGCUCAACCCCUACCUGCGGCUCAAAGUGCGGCGAGACCACAUUAUCGACGAUGCGCUCGUCAGACUUGAGAUGAUCGCCAUGGAGAAUCCUGCCGACUUGAAGAAGCAGCUGUACGUAGAGUUUGAAGGAGAGCAGGGUGUCGACGAGGGAGGCGUGUCCAAAGAGUUCUUCCAGCUGGUGGUGGAGGAGAUCUUCAACCCAGAUAUCGGAAUGUUCUCGUAUGAUGAAAGCACAAGGCUGUUUUGGUUUAACCCGUCAUCGUUUGAAAACGAGGGCCAGUUCACUCUCAUCGGGAUCGUCCUGGGCCUGGCAAUCUACAACAACUGCAUCCUGGACGUUCACUUUCCCAUGGUGGUCUACAGGAAGCUCAUGGGCAAGAAGGGGACCUUCCGGGACCUGUCCGAUUCACAUCCAGUUUUGUCUCAGAGUUUGAAAGAGCUGAUGGAGUAUGAUGGCUCAGUGGAGGAGGACAUGAUGAUCACUUUCCAGAUUUCCCAAACAGACCUUUUUGGAAACACCCUUAUGUAUGACUUACGAGAAAAUGGUGACAAGAUCCCUGUUACCAACACCAACAGAAAAGAUUUCGUGGCUCAGUAUGCAGAGUACAUGUUGAACAAGAGCGUGGAGAAGCAGUUCAAGGCCUUCAGGAGAGGAUUCCACAUGGUGACAAACGAGUCUCCCUUAAAGUAUUUGUUUCGACCUGAAGAGAUUGAGUUACUCAUCUGUGGAAGCAGGCAGAACCUAGACUUUCAAGCACUUGAAGAAACCACAGAGUACGACGGAGGCUAUAGUAGAGAUUGCCGAAUUAUUAGGGACUUCUGGGAGACAUUGCACUCGUUCGGUGAGGAGCAGAAGAGACUAUUCCUGCAGUUCACGACAGGCACAGACAGAGCGCCUGUAGGAGGGCUGGGCAAACUCAAGAUGAUCAUCGCCAAGAAUGGACCUGACACCGACAGGUUACCCACGUCCCACACCUGCUUCAACGUGCUUCUCCUUCCCGAAUACACAACCAAGGAGAAGCUGCGGGACAGACUGCUGAAGGCCAUCACUUACGCCAAAGGCUUCGGCAUGCUCUGAGCUCGCCCUGCUCAAGCAAACAACCACGGACUCCUUUUCGCACACACACACACGCACAGACACACACUCGCACUCACAUAAACAUAAACAUACACACCCGCACACAUCUCUAGUCCCUAUCUUACGUCAAAAAUAAACUGAAGCGACAAGUUUCAAGCAACAAAAAAAAAAGAGGAAAUGAAUCACAUUCUGAAGACGAGGAAAUUAAAACAACAGAAACCGAAGGAAAAAAAACAAAACAAAACAAAAAAAAACCGACAAAGCAAAAUACAACACAAUGAAAGCUAAACAGGAGUGAGGAGUCCAAAAUGGCGCAUAACGUUAGCGUGCUCUAGUUGUCCUUUAUGUUUCUCCCCUAGCCCUCCCACCCCCCCACCCCAUUUUCUCUUUUCCAAAUGCCAGUGUCUUGACUCAAUGGAGCAUCAGACCAUAUGAUCAAAUUCUACACGCCUGUGACCCACCCACCCACUCCCUCAAUUAUCCUUAUGUGAAUGUGUCACACAUCUCAUAUGUACAGAACACUUUCCUCACUAUUUAUUUGAAGGUUUAAACUACCUGAUUUGUUUUCAUUUCCCUCCCCCCAUAGGAAAGAAAUGAGGCUAAUGCAUACUUAAAGAGAGAUGUGGUAAAACCAAAAUAAAUGUGUGGAAAAAAACAAGCAUUAAUGCUGUGUGUAAGACGUAGGUAUAAGAAAGGAAGUUUGGUUUCUUUGCUGCAUGCGGUUCUGGUUCCUCCUGUUCUCUGAUUGUGUACCCAUCCAUACCCUAUCCACUUCCAUAUCGAUCCCUCCUUUUUUUUUCCCUCUUCACUUAUCUGUACCUAGGUGCAUUAAGUCACUGUGAAGGGCCGUACAUUUAAUGGAUUUCAUUCCCAUUCAAACGUCAAACAGUGGGAAGAGGAAAACACAACACAAAGCAAAGAUAUGUCUGGGGGACAUUUUGUUGGAAGAUCCAUUUUUCUACAGUAGAAAAACAAAAGUGUUUGAAAGCACCAUGGAGGAGCUGGACUUAUUUUCUUGACAGAGAUUGUGUAAGUGCACUUAGACAUUUUUCGAAUGUUUUGUCGAAGCGUCCAGUUUCCACCUGUUUCUUGCUUUCCUUUCCCAAGCACCACUCUGAAGUUUAAAUGGUAUGCCCAUGGUUGAUGUCACAUGUUUUCCUAAACACUUUAUAUUGAAAUAGACUCCACUUUUAUGUCUAGCUAUUUGAUACAUUCAUUCUUUUUGCCAAAUGAAGGGAGUAUUCAUGCAGUAAGGCGUUACAAUUAUCAAUGUUCAGAUGCUUUGGAUUCGGAACUAGACUAAACAUAGUCUCCCAUAACUGAACAUUUAAAAGUGGCACUUGUAUUUUUUUUUUCUUCUUCUUUUUUGUAUUAGUUUUUUUAUAAAGCUAACUGUGAAAUGUUCCCUUGUCAACAGUAAAUUGUGUAUGGAAUGGGACUAUACUUCAACAAUAACUGGUGACUGUGUCUAUUAGAAUGGCGUUUAGUCUGUGUGAAUGCCAGUCUGUGCAGCAGCAUAAUGUGGUAGCAUCUGACAGUAGUGGUAUUUUACAAUCUGUGAGUUUUAAGCCAGUAAUUAUUAUGGUAUGUUGUAUACAGAAGCCCCGGUAUCGACCAGGUUUAAACAACCCACAUUCUUGUGUUUUCUUUCAAUAAUAUCUAAAAUAUAUAUAUAACGGUUUUGCAAAGGCAACCCUCUUCAGUUGCUGAAGAUGCCUGACUUAAACAUGGUAAAUAUAGCAAUAUAACUUUGACAACCUUAAAACUGGCAUAUUGCAUGGAUUCUAACAAAGCUUUGGAAAUUGAACAGUGCAACCAUAACAGGAACCAUCCUGAAAGAAUGACGGGUGUUUAAACCGGUUCUUUUGAGCCUAUGUCAGGUGAACCACUAAGAAAAA